AAGCAAAGUGCCAAGGGCUGCUGCCUCGACUCCCUGACACAUACUGCAUCUGGAAUAAAAGCUUGCAAAAUGUCUCGCAUGAGCACAGAAACCUAGCAAUGUUAGGCUGGAACGAGGAAGUGCAGUGGAGAGGGGAGGGACCGAGGGCAGAGUUCCAUAGUGCUGCCGCGGCGCUUCGAACUUCUGCACAUGGAGCGGGGGACAGCUGGAAGAGCUUCAUAUUACAAACUCAAGGAAUAGCAGAGUACCUGCAAAGGAUGGAAACUGAAGAGGCACAGGAAAUGGCCCAAAUAGCAGGGAGAGACAGCCCUGCUACCAACGAGGGGGGAGAAGAUCAAGAGGAGGCCAUGCCUGUCCCAGAAGACCUCUCCACCAGUACCGGCCUCCAGCACAACCACCGCAGUGAUAAACCACCUGCCUGCACUAUAAAAGUUGAGGCUCGGAGUGACGAGGAGAACGGGCUGGCCGCUGACAUGAAUGGAGAGGAGGAGGAGUGUGUUGCCGAGGACUUGCGCAUGCUCGAUGGCUCCGGGGCCAAAGUGAACGGCUCCCACGCAGGCCCUGACAGCAAGCCAGCGGCCGCCUACCCUACGGCCGGGGGCAUCCGCCUCCCCAACGGGAAGCUCAAGUGCGAUAUCUGUGGAAUAGUUUGCAUUGGGCCCAAUGUGCUGAUGGUGCACAAGCGAAGCCACACUGGUGAAAGACCCUUUCAGUGUAGUCAGUGUGGUGCUUCUUUCACACAAAAGGGCAACCUAUUGCGGCACAUCAAGCUCCACUCUGGAGAGAAACCGUUCAAGUGUCACCUGUGUAACUAUGCCUGUCGCCGCAGAGAUGCACUCACCGGACACCUUCGCACGCACUCGGUUGGAAAGCCGCACAAAUGUGCUUACUGUGGUCGCAGCUACAAGCAGCGAAGCUCGUUGGAAGAGCACAAGGAGCGCUGUCACAAUUACCUGCAGUGCAUGGGCCUUCAGAACAGUAUAUAUCCAGUGAAGGAAGAGAACAGCCAGAAUGAGCAGAGGGAAGACUUAAACCCGGCAGCGUCUGAGAGGGCUUUGGUGCUAGACAGAAUAGCUAGCAAUGUAGCAAAGCGUAAGAGCUCUAUGCCACAGAAGUUUGUGGGUGAGAAGCGCUUUGCUGAUCUUUCCUUUGAAAGCAGCUCAGGGGAGAUGAUCCAGCCUCAUGUGAUUGACCAGGCCAUCAACAGCGCCAUAAGCUAUCUGGGAGCAGAGUCUCUGCGGCCACUUGUUCAGACCCCACCUGGCUCUGCCACCGACAUGGUGGUCAGCCCUAUCUACAACCUCCACAAGUCCCAACAGGUGGAGGGGAAUGGCCUGUCAGCCAAAGACAGCGCAGCCGAGAACCUACUCCUGCUCUCCAAGUCGAAAUCAGCCUCCAGUGAGAAGGAUGGCUCUCCUAGCCCCAGUGGCCAGGACUCCACUGACACCGAGAGCAACAACGAGGACCGUGCAGCUGGGGGAGGGGGACCAACGGCAGCCACAGCAGGCCUCAUCUACCUGACAAACCACAUGGCUCCUGGUGUGCGGAAUGGAGGCCUGCCCCUGGUGAAGGAUGAGCAGCAGAGGCAGUUUGAGGCCCUGCGUGCAGCAGGUAUGGAGCUGGGCAUGGGAGUGGCUGCGGAAGGUUUUAAGGUGCUGAGCAGUGAGGGCGAAGAGGUGAGGGCGUAUCGCUGCCUCCACUGCAGGGUGCUGUUCCUGGACCACGUUAUGUACACAAUUCAUAUGGGUUGCCAUGGCUUCCGAGACCCCUUUGAGUGCAAUCUGUGUGGCUACCGCAGUCAGGACCGCUAUGAGUUUUCCUCACACAUCACACGUGGAGAGCACCGCUACUGAGAACACAAGAGGAUGUUGUUGACAGAAAUACAAGCAUACAUACACAGAUACCCAGAGUCAACAAAUACACACCAUAUACAAACUCAUAACUGUUUUUUUUUUUUUACAAAUUGUCUGAACACUGUAUGCAUGUGAAACAUUUAAUUGAGCUUUUAAUUUAAUACACACUGAUUAUUGUAGACAGAUGUAAAUAGAAUUCACUGUCUUGUCUAUUUUUCUACAAUUGUGUGAGGUAGCAAGAAGUACAUGCAGGAGGUACUUUCCAAAUCCGGAAAACUGAAAAUGGAAAUGAAGGAGAAAUAAUUAACAGUUUUUGAAGACAAAUACCCAUAUAAAUUAAUCUUAUGUUGUUUAUUCUUUUGAGCUGUUUUUUGUCAGAAUUCAAACCAUUAAAAAAAAUAGUUUCUUGUGCCUGCAAAGAUAUGUUGAUAUAAUGAUUGUAAAUGUUUUGCAUCAGCAGCGUUGGGAGGUUAUGUCAAAGCCUCACAGACAUAGAACUGUAAUCUCUCUAUGUAUUAUGACCCAAAAUAUUUGGUCAACUAUUUCUUUUGUAUCUUCUUGUUUUGUUUUUAUAAUUUAAGUUUAGUUUUGAGUUGUACUUUACAUGUGGAUAAUAGCAUCAGCAUCUAAAAACAGGCAUGCUUGCAAAAUAUCAAUAAAAGAUAUUUUACAUUUGUGCAACAUCUA